GAUACAUUUUUAUCUAUUUUAUAAAUUUCUUGAUGCUUUAAAUAUUUAUAUAUAAGUAAAUUAAUUUUUGAACAUAUAAAUAAAAUGGAUUUACUUGGAUCCAUUCUAAAUUCAAUGGACAAACCUCCAGUAAUAAGUGAUACUCAAAAAGCCAUGAUAAAAAAGCAACACGAAGACUUUAAAAAACAUAAGCAAGCAGAAACAGAAAUUUUUAAAAAAUUUAGAACAAAGGUUGAAGAUAAAAUUAAUACUUUUCUUAAAGAUGAUCUUAGAAAAGAAUAUAAAUUUUCAGCUAUGGAGCAAGUUUAUAGAAGUAUUAUUUAUGAUGUUUGUGAAGUUGCUAAUAUUUUAGCAUAUUCUUUUGGUGAAGAAGGAAUUGAUAAACAUGUCGUUAUUUUUAAAAAAGAGCAUACACCUUCUGAAGACCAUUUAAAUGCUUUACGAAGAGGAGAAGAGUGGAAUGAAGACAUUGCCCAAAAAUUACAAGAAAAACGUCAAAAAUAUCUUGAUCAAGUAAAAGAAGAAAGAAAUAUAAAUACUCAGAAACGUAACUUUAUACCAAAUUCUAAUUAUAAAGAUAAAUAUAAACAUCUUAUUGGUGAAGAUGCUGCUCUUGAGGCAGCUAGAAAAACAGAAGCAAAUACUAGUUAUGGUUAUGUUCCAUGUAAAAAUAAAAAGGAUCAGAGAAGCAUAGAGCAGACUUUGGCUGAUAUUAAAAAAAAAAAACGGAAAUUACAAGAACAAAGUGAAAACAAUGUGAACCAAUAAAAUUAAAUAAUACAUUAAUGCUAUCUUAUUAAUUUAUUAGUAUUUA